AUGGACGUGGGCAGAGGGAGACGCUGCGCAUCAAGUGCCAUCGGCGACUCCCGGAGGUCUGCUCAGCCGCUCAGCGCCCCGAGCCGGUCACCGGUUGCCUGGUGCCAGAGCAGCGCUCUCGGGAGCGAUAACGGGCCACGGUCAUCGACAACGGAGCUUAUGCUCGGCGCUCCUGACCUGCAGGGCCCUGACAGCGCCCUAUGCACGGAAGGCGACCCACAGGGUCACGAACAGGGCGAGCCGCCGUUUCAAGUCGUCACCCACAAAGAGAGUCGCCCAGGGGGCAUCCCGGUAGUCUUCAGGUGCAAGAGCGACUCGGAUUCCUUCUGGAAUGUGAACCCUGACCUUAUCGCCCAUGACAUCCUAACAGCGACUCAGGAGAAAGUGCUCCAUCAUCGAAUCAAUAAGCAGGGCACUCUCAUCCUUCAUGUCUCCUCCGAGCAUUCGGCGCGCAGACUGCUCAGCCUGAAGUCGCUUUCGAGUAUUCCUGUCGAACCCCGUAUUCCGGCUUCGUAUACUCGUACCAUGGGCAGAAUAUCGGGUGUUCCCCGCCGUUAUAGCGAGGACCAGCUAUUGGAGUUCUUCAAACCCCGUGGAGUCACCGCCGUUAAAAGAGAAAUGGCCUUCUCCCGUGAAAGCGACGGAUCUGCCACUGCAAUCACGAAGUCCAGCGUCCUAUUGACUUUCCAAACGGGCCUCAUGCUCCCUGCAGAGAUUCCCCUUGGGUUCACGUACUACCGCGUUUCGGAGUACAUCGACCCUCCUGUUCAGUGCUUCAACUGUCAAAAGCACGGUCACUAUGCAAAGGCCUGUCGUGGGCCACAAAGAUGUAAAGUGUGCUCUGGCCCACAUGACUAUAAAGAGUGCACUGCUCGGCUCGAGCCGAAGUGUGCCAAUUAUGCCGGACCACAUACUGCAACCUUUCGGGCGUGUAAAGUUGCCAAGGCUGCUGCUGCUGCCCAUCGGCGACGGGUCCUGAAUGGGAAGGCCAGCUCUGCGCCGCCAGACAAGCGACCGUCCCCUGUUUCUGCUGACCACUUCCCGAGCCUUCCUGAGCCUUCCCGAGUCUUCCCAAGCGUUCUGAGGAGUGAACAGACCUUAAGAGAAACAAACGAAGCACCCCGGUCUAAUCUUGCAUGGUAUCAUCCGAAGCAGAAAUCGAGAUCUCCUCUUUAG